CGGGCGUCGGGGCCACACGUCCGUCCGCGGGUCGCCGGGGCUGCGUGCGCCAUGGAGCCGCGGUGCCCGCCGCCGUGCGGGUGCUGCGAGCGGGUGGUGCUCAACGUGGCCGGGCUGCGUUUCGAGACGCGGGCGCGCACCCUGGGCCGCUUCCCGGACACGCUGCUAGGGGACCCUGCGCGUCGCGGCCGCUUCUACGACGGCGUGCGCCGCGAGUACUUCUUUGACCGGCACCGGCCCAGCUUCGACGCGGUGCUCUACUACUACCAGUCUGGCGGGCGGCUGCGGCGGCCGGCGCACGUGCCGCUCGACGUCUUCCUGGAGGAGGUGGCCUUUUACGGGCUGGGCACGGCGGCGCUGGCGCGCCUGCGCGAGGACGAGGGCUGCCCCCUGCCGCCCGAGCGCCCCCUGCCCCGCAGCGCCUUCGCGCGCCAGCUCUGGCUACUCUUCGAGUUCCCCGAGAGCUCGCAGGCCGCGCGCGUGCUCGCCGUCGUCUCCGUGCUCGUCAUCCUCGUCUCCAUCGUCGUCUUCUGCCUCGAGACGCUGCCGGACUUCCGCGACGACCGCUACAACCCGGGGCUUGCUGCGGUAGCGGCUGCUGGCCCGUUCCCCGCUCGGCUGAAUGGCUCCAGCCCAGUGCCUGGACCCCUGUCUCGCAUGCCCUUCGAUGACCCGUUCUUUGUGGUGGAGACGUUGUGUAUCUGUUGGUUCUCCUUUGAGCUCCUGGUGCGCCUGGCGGCCUGCCCAAGCAAGGCGGCCUUUUUCAAGAACGUGAUGAACCUCAUCGAUUUUGUGGCCAUCCUACCCUACUUUGUGGCGCUAGGCACCGAGCUAGCCAGGCAGCGGGGUGUGGGCCAGCAGGCCAUGUCACUGGCCAUCCUACGAGUCAUCCGACUGGUGCGCGUCUUCCGAAUCUUCAAGCUGUCCCGGCACUCAAAGGGCCUGCAGAUCUUGGGCCAGACACUACGGGCCUCCAUGCGUGAGCUGGGUCUCCUCAUCUUCUUUCUCUUCAUCGGUGUGGUCCUCUUCUCCAGCGCAGUCUACUUUGCUGAGGUCGACCGGGAAGACUCCCAUUUCACCAGCAUCCCUGAGUCCUUUUGGUGGGCGGUGGUCACCAUGACCACAGUUGGCUAUGGAGACAUGGCACCCGUCACUGUGGGUGGCAAAAUAGUGGGUUCUCUGUGCGCCAUCGCUGGGGUGCUGACCAUUUCUCUGCCCGUUCCGGUCAUUGUCUCCAACUUCAGCUACUUUUACCACCGGGAGACAGAGGGCGAAGAGGCCGGGAUGUACAGCCAUGUGGACAUGCAGCCCUGUGGCCCACUGGAGGGCAAGGUCAAUGGGGGAUUGAUGGAUGGGGAGAUGCCUGAGCUACCACCUCCACUCUGGGCACCCCCUGGGAAACACAUGGUCACCGAAGUGUGAGGGACAGUUGAGGUCUGUAGGACCUUACAUUUCCUUGGAGGGAGGGAGGGAGGGAUAGAAGGGAAAGUUAGGGGGAGGGGGUUGGGUUUAGGAAGAACCAGGUUAAUGGUAAUGAGUUGGGGAACACUGAGUCUUGUUGGGUCUUGAGUUGUCGUUAGUAGCUCCUGUGGGUGCUUCCUUAAGUGACGGUGAAUGGCAGUGAGUUAUAAUGAGUUGAUGGGGCGGCUCCAUUGGUUGGUACUGCAUUGGGCUGUGCAAGGCUUGUGGAGCCUUUUGUGGUUAAGUGUUGAGAUAGAUUUGAUCACAUAGUUUUGUUUUUUAGGUCCUCAUCGGGUUGGGCUGUGUUGUUGAGUCUGGGUGAGUCUUGUCCAAUUGCAUUGUGCAGGAUUCUGUGGCUUUAUGAGUCCCCUAGGACCAUUUUGGAUCAAGUUAGGUGGUCACCCACGGCAUUGUUGGGACUGUGUGCAUGUUCAUGCAUGGUGUUGUGGAGACAUGUUGGAAAUUGUGUGGCUUUGCGAUUCUUCUAGGGCUAUGUUAUUUUAGAUUCUGUGAACUUGUGAGUCAUGUAGAAAUAUGAAGAGUCAAGUGAUUGAAUGUGAGCUUUCUAGGUCACGUUAGUUUAAGCUGGGUUGGAACGUAUGACAGUAGGAGUCUUCCAGGGUUCUGUUGGGUUGAAUUGUGUAGAGUCAUGUCGCUGGAAGUUUUGGGGGCUACACUGAGAUGAAUCAUAUUGAACUGUGUAACCAUGUGAUUCUUGUA